AUUGAACAGCGUGGAAUGAACAUUUCCAAAUCGUUGUAGCGGUGGCUGAAAUUAACAAACAACAGAUGAAGAUGUGGCAUCCCUUGCAAUCACUUCCUCUGUGUGUGCUACUUGCUUUUCUUGUGAGCCACGGCCAAGGAACCAGGCAGGGCCAGGAUCUCAAAUGUGGAGCAUGUAGGGCCAUGGUGGAUGAGAUGGAGUGGGCAAUAUCCCAGGUGGAUCCUAACAAAAUGAUCCAGACCGGGUCCUUUAGAAUCAACCCAGAUGGUAGCCAGUCUAUUAGAGAGGUUCCUCUCGCCCGCUCGGAGGGUAACCUCCUGGAGCUAAUGGAGGAGAUAUGUGAGAAGAUGAAGGAUUACGGGGAACGCUUGGACCCCAUCACCAGCAGGGAGACCUAUGAGAGGGUCACGUCUCGGAACGGCAAACCCAUGGACCUCUCAGAGGCUAAACUGGAUUCCAGAGUCACAUCCAGCCUGAAAUUUGCUUGUGAGACCAUCAUUGAACAACAUGAAGACGAGGUCAUCGAAUUCUUUGCCCAUGAAACGGACAACGUGAAAGACAAACUCUGCAGCAAGAGAACAGACCUUUGCGACCAUGCUCUGCAAAUCCCUCAUGAUGAGCUAUGAUUCCAUCCUGCAGUUCACGCAGCUCAGCUUUACACACAGCUACCUUCCACCACGUUAGUGUGUGGGGAGGUGGAAAUGUAGAACUCAACACACUAGCUCGAUCUGCCCUAUCAAUCACAAGUCAUAGAUGCAAGGUAUAACUUAUUGGGCGACUACUGUUAAGAAAACUCAUGACAUCAACUAUAUUCUCACACAUUUGUGCUUUUGUGCCUCAAUUUAUAUUGUCCUUAUGCAGGUGUGUAUGAUGUGGGUAGAGCACUCUUGUAAUGUGUAUAUUACUACAAUGAAUUCAAAUCAAAUG